CCAAUCAGAGGCCGGAUCCAGGUGUACGGAGGGCUUUUAGUCGCAGCUGUGGCGGCUCCGGCCGUCAGCUUCCAGCCGCUCUUCGGUCGUUCCCCUCGGCAGAGAACAGUGGAGCAUGUCGGCGGUUCUCGGACGGAUGAUGAUGAUGAUGGUCUGGGUUUGGAUCAGUCUGCUGACUCUAGCCCGGUUCAACACGGCACAGGACCAGCACCGGGACGCCGAGCUCACGGCGCUGCUGGAGGAGACCGGGAGCGGCGGAAGACUUUCUCCGGUGCCAGUGUGGAAGUUCCUGAACGAGCGCCGUGACGGUGGUGAGGCGUCAGAUUUCGGCCGGGUGCAGUAUCUCUGCAGCGGCAGCUCGCUGUCUGUUCGCUUCUCGCUCAUUCGACACACUGAUCUGCGCCUGGCAGACGGGAGGAGGUUGUUGACAGAUGGAUGUCAAGGUUCUGUUCGUAACCUCGGGCCGUGGAUGCUGCUGACGCUGCCUUAUACCAGCUGCCACUUGGCAUUAUGGGUUUCAAAUGGAACCUGGUUUCGUCAGCUGAGACUUCGUUACUUUGACCAUCUGCUGCAGGCAAACGUAACUGGUCUGGCCACCUGUGAGAAUCCUGCAACAUCCCUGCAACUGAUGCCACCGUUGGUGACUUGCAGAACAACAGAUGUCACUGUGAAACUGCCUCUUGGAACCAGACUGAAGAGGGUAAAAUCUCUGGGUAAAGAUGGUGUAGUUCGGCAGGCAAUCACAACAAUGACUCCAGGAGCAGUGUAUGUGCAGAUCCCAACCCCAGCAGACUUGGAUUCAAUCUUUGAAGUGAUUUAUUUAGACUCUGCUGGGAAAACAUCCACGAUGCUGGCAGCUUGUUCCACUGCAGCAACACAAACUAGGCGGGAUCGACACCCAAGAGCUCUCCAAAACCCCAACCUGUGGGAGCUUUGGGACUUUGAGCAAGUUCUAGUGGAGCCCGUCAUCCAGGAACCGACGGAGCCCAGUGGGUUCCGGAAUGACGAAGUGACUGAUGCUGACACAGAAAUCUUUGAGUUGUGGGGAUUUGAUGAAAUUCCUGAAGGGCCGUAUACCGGAAUCGACACCCCUGGCGCCCGACGACUACCACCAACCACCACCACCACCACUUGCGCCCGGCGACGACCACCACCACCCUUGCGCCCGACGACGACGACCACCACCACCACUUGCGCCCGACGACGACGACCACCACCACCACCACUUGCGCCCCCGACGACGACCACCACCACCACUUGCGCCCCGGCGACGACGACGACCACCACCAGCAGCACCACGGGCGCCCCGGCGACGACGACGACCACCACCAGCAGCACCACGGGCGCCCGGCGACGACGACCACCACCAGCAGCACUACGGGCGCCCGGCGACGACGACCACCACUACGGGCGCCCCGGCGACGACCACGACCACCACCAGCAGCACCACGGGCGCCCGGGCGACGACGACGAUGGCGACCACCACCACGGGCGCCCGACGACUGCGACCACCACGGGCACUACGACGACGACCACCACCACCACCACCACGGGCGCCCCCACCACUGGCUGA